GCUGGAGCUUCGGGGCUCCCCCACUCCCAGUCCCCAGGCUGCUCUUCCCAGCCUCGCCCCCGCCCGGCGCUCCGUCCUACCCACCUCAGUCCAGACUGGAAGAGCUGGCACUCGCGGUUGCAGCUGCAACUGCAGUGGCUACACCGUAGCUGGCCCCCGGCUUGCGCCUCAGACUGAGCUACCGACCUCUGCUAGCACCUGCCGCGGUCACAGGCAGGGCCUGGGGGCUCCCUCCUCGUCCCGCCCUCCUGCCAGCUGCCACCAUCCUUACACUCUCUGACAGCUCGGCGCCUCUCAGAGGAUUAAGGAGGCAAGGAGUUCGCAUCAUCCAAGGAGGUGGCUCUGCAGAUAGCCCAGCCCACGGCUGGAGCAUUCCGAUGCCCCAUGUCCAAAGCGAGUGGACCAGUUGACUGAAUGACGGGCCAUCUCUCAGUUGGGCAGGGCCCCUCCAUGCCAGCAUGAACUCCAGGAUCCUGUCGGCAAGAGGCUGGCUCAGCAGCCACCCACCCUCCUCUGAACCUGGCCUGGCACCUGCCACGGAUGGGUCAGCCUCUGAGACCACCACCCUCAGCCCAGAAGCUACCAGCUUUAAUGCCACAAGAGUCCCUGAUAUGGCCAGUGGCACAGCCGGUGUGGGCACCAUGCUGUUGUCUUUCGGGGUCAUCACGGUGAUUGGCUUGGCUGUGGCCGUGGUUCUGUACAUCAGGAAGAAGAAGAGGCUGGAGAAGCUACGCCACCAGCUCAUGCCCAUGUACAACUUCGACCCCACAGAGGAGCAAGACGAACUGGAGCAGGAGUUGCUGGAGCACGGACGGGACGGGGCCUCCAUGCAGGCUGCCGCCUCCGCGCAGGCUGCACAGGGCAAGACCACCCUCCCCUCCCAGGGCCCUCUGAAGAGGCCCAGUCGGCUGGUAUUUACCGAUGUAGCCAAUGCCAUCCAAGCGUGAGCCACCUGGGGACGGGCCUGGAAUACUGACAGAAGCCACCAUGAUGCCCUCAGGGCCACCUGCCCACAGAUCAUCAAGACCUGCCCUGCCUCAGGGGAAUAGGGGAGGGCCAGGCCCCAGCUGCUCUGCAGACAACCCCCUGCUGUCUGCCCAGGGCUCUGGCCAGGCUGGGCAUCUGGCCACUGACCUCUCCUAACCCCAGGACCCUGGCACGGAGGGCAACCCUCAAGCCAGAGAGGUUGUGAGGCACUGCUGCUUGGCUUCCUCAGCCCCGGCCCAGGCUGUUCACAUUUUGUUCUGCUUCCCUGGUAUGGAGGAAAUGGCAGGGGAGACGUGG